AUGUCCGCCCUCAGAUCCCGCCCCGCCCAAGCCCUCUCCCAGCUCCUCUCCGACUCCGAAGACGAGUUCGCGCUCCAAGACGCAGACACGAUGCUCACGCCCGACAGCGCGAUCGAAAACCGCGGACCAGGCGCCCAGAGACGCACGCGAGGACGACCGCCAGCGAGCGCAGAGACGAAAGCCGUGGGCAAGCCGCCGGGUAGCGUGCUGGGCGCGAAGAAGGAGGGCGCUGGGGCGAGGGUUGCGAAGAGGGCGGUUGCGGGUGCGGCGAAAGGGAGGAAAGCAAUAGCGGUGAGGGGGAGGGAGAAGGAGAAUUUGCCGAUUGAGGAGGAGGACGCGGAUGAGCUUGACGAGAUCUCGUCGCCGGCGGAUAUGAAGCGCACAGUAGCGGUCAGGGAGGAGGAAGAGGUGGCGCCUGCUAAGCCGGCCAAGAGGGGGAGGAAGGCGAAGGCUGCGGUGGAGGAGGUGUUAGCAGAAGCUCCUGCGGAGCCGGCCAGGGGCAGAGGAGGUCGGAAGGCUGCGACUGCUACGCAAUUGGAACUGGUGGAGGCAGCACCCGCGGCGAAGGCGGCGCCGAGAGCCACGGCUGCUGGGAGGAAAGCAAGAACUGCGAAGAACGUCCCCGUAGUGGAGCCUGCCAAGGUCAUCCCUGAGACGCAGCCAGAGCCAAUGAAAAUCGAGCCGGCAGUAUUAGCCAUGGAAGAUGAGGUCGACGAGGUCGAUGAGGUUGCAGCACCUACACCACGGCCAGCAGCAAGGACAGCGAACCGAGAACUUUCGGCUUCGAAGCCGCGACCAGCACCUGUAGCGCAUAGAAGAGCCGGAAGUGCAUCGGACACAGAAAGGGAUAGAGGAGGCAGUGAUCCGGCGCUGCGGAGGAAGCUGGGCGAUAUGACAAAGAAGUUUGAGAACCUCGACAUGAAGUACAGGAACCUGAGGGAGGCGGGUACCAAGGACGCAGAGAGCAAUUUCGAGAAGCUGAAACGGACGAGCGACGAACGGUGCAAAGCGCAAGAAGAGCUCAUCGCCUCUCUAAAGCGCGAACUAGCCACUCAGCGCUCGCUCGCCUCUGAAACCAGGUCUCUCAGCGCCCAAGUACAGACGCUGAGCUCAGAAAACGCGCGACUAGAGUCUGAGAACAAGGACCUAAUCAAGUCGCUGCAAGCAGCUCAAAACGAGUGCAAAACACUCUCCACCAAACUCGCCGCGCAGCGGACAGCAUCCACGAACGUGCAAAGCGUCGACGCGCCUAAGGUGCCCGGCAGCGCUAUUAAGAAUAACACGGCUCGCACAGUCAUGGUCGGCAGUGCCGAAGCAGCCAAGGAAGCACAGAUCAGGAAGUUGAAGGAAGAGCUAUACGGCGAUCUGACGGGCUUGAUCAUCCAGGGCGUCAAGAGAAAGGAGGGAGAGGAUGUGUAUAACUGUAUCCAGACUGGACGCAACGGCACACUCCACUUCCACCUCUCGGUCGCCACGGAAGAAGCCAAGGCCUCCUCGACGACUUACGAGGAUGCGGAGUUCGCGUACUCGCCGCUGCUGGAUGAGAACAGAGAUAGAGAGCUCCUGGAAAUCUUGCCCGACUACCUGACUGAGGAGAUCUGCUUCCCGAGGAGCAGUGCCGCGAAGUUCUAUGCCAAGGUGGCCGAGAGCUUGACCAAGAAGGUCGUUGUAGAGGAGUGA